GUAGGAACCUCCGGUCAGGAUGUGACCAGACGCGUUGUCACACUAUCACGUCACGGGUUAACGGAACCAUUUUCUAAUUUGAAUUAUAAUUUCUUUUUGUCCUCAGAGUCACCCCACUUCUUGCCUUAUUCUUGUUUUCGAUGUCCGCAUAUGAGAAGCAACGUCUUGCAAACAUAGCCAAGAACAAAAAGUUAUUGGAAGAAUUGGGCCUUAACAAACCAUUCUUCGAACCUGUAGAGAAACCCCGAAAGCCUCAAGCUACCGCGAAGAAGCGCAAAAUCGAGCAAAUUGAAGACAACGACUCUCCACAGAAAAAGUCAUCUCGAACUUUGGAUGCCUCGUCCGAUCGCCAAAAUUCCACCCUCCGCAGAAGCACGCGUAAUAGUGGAAAAGCCAUCGACUAUAGCGCGGAAAUAAUUUCGGAGGAUUAUAUUCCCGACUCUUUCAAGGCUGGAAUUCGUGUCACCAAAAACACUGGACCACUAGGUCGUGAAGAUGGCAAGCGAGUGCACGACCCUAAGAAGUUUGGCGCUAUACCGGGAAUUGAGGUCGGAACAUGGUGGGAAAGUAGACAAGGGUGUAGCGCUGACUCGAUCCACGCACCCUGGGUCGCAGGCAUUUCGGGUGGUCCGGAGGGUGCAUACAGUGUAGCUUUGAGUGGUGGAUAUGACGAUGAUAUAGACGAUGGAUACGCUUUUACGUAUACUGGAUCUGGCGGUCGUGACCUCAGGGGAACAAAGACUGCACCCAAAAAUCUUCGGACUGCGCCUCAGAGCUCGGAUCAAUCAUUUGAUCAUUCUUUCAACGCUGCAUUGAAGAAAUCUGCUGAGACAAAGAAACCAGUGCGAGUCAUCCGGGGCUUCAAAUCAACAUCUAAUUAUGCACCUACCGAAGGUUACCGCUAUGAUGGUUUAUACACGGUUGAAUCUGCUUGGAUGCAAAAAGGUCUGAACCCGAAGGGCUAUCUUGUUUGCAAGUACUUAUUCAAGCGUCUUCCUGAUCAACCUCCAAUACCUGUUCGAAUGUCUGGAGGUGAUUAGAAGGCUGAAGCUAGAAGUAUCUGAUACAUCUGAUACAUGAAGACAUCUUAGGUCCAGUCAGGCUCCGUAUCUGCUAUUCUCAAAUUUAUCUACACAAGUACUCGCUCAAGUUAUCACACUGUAUAAAAUGUAUAAUCGUUAAUAUUUACAACCCAAAGGGACAGAUUUUGGAUCAUACUUGCUUUUUGAUCACAAGUUUUUGUCUGUAUCCUAAAGGACUAUGUAGUUCUUCAUUUCAGCAGCC